CUUUUUAUUUUUACGCUUUCGUCUUCUCUGCUUCCUUCCUUUGCCGAUGCGGAACAUUUUUUAUUUCUCCAGGGCCAGACCAUGACAACAUUCCCCUCCAAAUCUUCCCUCCCUUUCUCCUCCGACCCUCCUUCUCCAAACCCGGCUCACGAUAUCUCAGAUGGAGCCGCCGAACGCCGCCUUCAGGAGGCGGAGGAACGGCUGCGGGAGGCCAUAGAGGAGCUGCAACGGCGGCAGCGCCGCGCCCGGGGGCUCCACCCACCUUGCGAACAUGCCGACGAAUCUUGUGUUGCCAACGCCAUUGGUAAUCUGUGCCAGAGCUUUCUCCUUUCUUAUGGUGUACGAGUUGGCAUCGGAAUCCUUCUUCGCGCUUUCAAGCUCGCUCGGCGGAAGUCCUACUCUUCCCUCCUUGAUCUCAAGCAACUUGUGUCAGAGAAAGACCUUAUAGUAAGAGAAGAAGCUUGUCGCAUUGGGUUACUUUUUGGCGGUUUUACUGGAUCUUAUCAUGCCCUUAGGUGUCUACUAAGAAAGCUUAGAAAGAAAGAGACACCUUUGAAUGUAAUUUUAGCAGGUUCAGUUGCAGGAUUGUCAAUUUUAGCAUUAGAUGAUUCCAGCCGGAGGCGCACUCUUGCUUUGUAUCUUUUAGCUAGGCUUGCCCAGUGUGCUUAUAAUUCCGCAAAGUCAAAGAACAAAUUUCAUCUUUGGGGUAGCCAUUGGAGUCAUGGAGAUUCGUUACUAUUUGCUUUCGCAUGUGCCCAGGUUAUGUAUUCCUUUGUAAUGCGUCCAGAGAGCUUGCCUAAAUCAUAUCAAGAUUUCAUUCAGAAGACUGGACCAGUUGCAGAGCCUGUCUACAAGGCUGUAAGGGAUAGCUGUAGAGGUUGCUCAGUAGAUGUUGCUGCUCUCUCUGCUUACCUAUCUAACCGGAAAGAACCUGGCACUGUAAAGUUGGAGGAGCAUCCCUCUAUAAUACCGUGUUCAAUAAUUCAUCCAGACAUAAAUUCGUGUUUAGUUCAUAAUGCAAAUGCAGCAUCAGCAACAUUCAGAAAAACAUUUCCACUCUACUUCUCUUUGACUUUUGUACCGUUUGUUGUCCUGCACUUGCAAAAGUUCAUGGAGUCUCCUGCUCGCACCUGUUGGCAUGCUGUUAAAGGUGCUGUUCGCUCAACAACAUUCUUGUCUGCUUUUGUUGGAAUAUUUCAGGCGGUCAUAUGUUUGCACAGAAAGGUAGCAUCAAGGGAUCACAAGCUUGUGUAUUGGGUUGCUGGAGGACUCUCUGCCCUUUCUGUACUAUUGGAGAAGAAGGCCAGACGUGGAGAACUGGCUCUUUAUGUUCUUCCACGGGCUGGAGAUUCUUUGUGGUAUAUAUUAGUGAAUCGUCAUCUGCUUCCAGAUAUCAAGAAUGCUGAGGUGGCUCUUUUCUGCAUGUGCAUGGGAGGAAUUAUGUAUUAUUUGGAACAUGAGCCAGACACAAUGGCCCCAUUCCUCAGGGGCUUGAUACGUCGCUUCCUUGCUAGUAGGAUAAGCAAUCCAGGUCCAUCCUCCAACCGAAAUGCAUCCUAUUCAUACCUACAAACUUUUGAUGUGAUAAAGAAACCAAAAUUGCAAGAGAGCCGAGGAACUGAAACUUCAGCCUCUGAAAAGUAUAAUCUUGAAUCCAUCCCUGGACUAUAAGGAAUUAGUCUCUGAUCAAAGCUAUAUAAUCAGAAUAUCAAACUUGGACUUCUUUUUUUUUCUUUUUUUUUUUUAAUUUGAUCGUUUGCUAUAUUUUAAGUUGGGCAAGAAAUUCUGCCUCAUUUUUUGGAACCCAGAAUCUGGAAGCUAUAGAAAAAGGGAUCUGGAGAUUGCUACCGGUCCAUGUUAACCAGUAAGAUGCAAGGGUUUUUCUUGUUCACGUUGUAGAUUCUUCUUCUUAUUUCCCCACACUUUGUGUACCGAAGCAAUGUGUUAUGGAUAGUUUCCUGAAGAAGGCAAUGAUAAUUGAUCCGGAUCUUCUCCA